GGCUUCAUUUACUGCAUCAACCUGCUAAAUACUUAAAAAUAGCAUUUGUAACAAUAUGGAAAAUGGAACCUUUAAAAAUUAGAUUAUUACGUUAAAUUACGCAAUUAAGAGGCGUCCAGUUAUCAUCUCAGAGACUAAAUGUGGCAUGUUUGUGUAAAAUGUCUCUUUUUAUAGGAUGAUUUUUAAAGAGUGGAUUUAAAAUGUAUGUUCACAUUUUGAGAAAAGUUGUAGGACAUUGGGAAAUCGCACGCAUAAAGCAAGCAUGCAUAUUGUAUAUAAUUGUAUUUAUAAAAUGGAGAGGUUGUAGUAUGUCCUGAUUUUAUAGCACUUUGCACGUUUUUAAACUUUUAUUUAUUUAAUUAUUUUCUUUCAAACUACAACCAUCUGGAAUAAAUCUCGGUUAACUGUAAACAUGUGGAACUUGAGCGCGACUGUUUCCACCGGAUGACUUUCACCAACACACACCGGAUGUUGAUCAAACAUGGCAGCGACCUUGCGGAUCCAUGAGACUCUGAUGUGAAUUUUAUAAUUGAGAAGAAAUGAAGAUUUUUACACGUUUGUGUUGUGUAUAAUCAGUCAUGUUCUCAGCACUAAAGAAUGUAUUUUUGGGCUUUGCCCGGACAUCAAGCCAGCCAGAUGUCCUGCAGAGCAGCAUGAAGGUGGUGUCAGCGGGACUGAGGUCUUACCCAGUUCCUCCAGAUUACAGCGACGUGGUUCUACCGGAGAAGCCGAAACUCAAGUUCCUGGACAAGGUCCCGAGUUUGAAACAAGCCAAGAAGGAGAUGAAGAAGCUGCGGGACAUCCAGGGGCCGGCCCAGAGCUCCAACACCUUCACCAGGGGACAGUACGGCAUCGUGGCUCUGGGCGGCGGGUACUUGCACUGGGGUCACAUGGAGAUGAUGCGUCUCACCAUUAACCGGCGCAUGGACCCCAGCACGACCUUCGCCCUGUGGCGCUUCCGGGCCCCGUUCAAGCCCAUCACGCGGAAGGGCAUGGGUCAGCGCAUGGGCGGCGGCAAGGGCGCCAUCGACCACUACGUGACCCCGGUGAAGUGUGGCCGGCUGGUCCUAGAGGUCGGAGGUCGCGUGGAGCUGCCCGAAGUCGAGCCGGUGCUCACAGAAGUGGCCAAGAAGCUUCCCUUCCCAGCAAAGGUGGUGAGCAGAGAGAGUCUGGCGGCGCUGUACCAGGAUCAGGCUGAACGCGAGAGCAAUAACCAGAACCCCUGGAGCUUCGAGCGGGUCGCGAGGGCCAACAUGCUGGGCCUUCGGAAAGUCCUGAGUCCGUUCGACAUGCGCCAUCACGGCCGCUACGCUGGGAAGUUUUUCUACCCCGCACGCGUGUAGUGUGUGUGUGUGUGUGUUCAGAGAUAACACUGCAGAACUGAUGAACACACACGCCAGCAGGAUGUGUGUGUGUGUGUGUGUGUGUGUGUGAUAAUAUUCAGAUCAAUAUCACUGUUUAUGAGUGUUCUGUUAUUCACUUAUCAUCACACCUGCUCUGUGGGAUAAAACGCGCACACACACACACACACACAGACUCAUCACCUUUUUACUUCAUGUUCUCUUUUCUCACACAUGCUUUUGUUUGUGAGGAGAUGUGUGCUGUGUGAAUGUUAAAUAGUAUGUAAGUCAAAUAAAUUUGGUUUCUUUGCCGUU